AUGAAUAUUGUUACUCUUCUUGCUUGCUUGGCGGCAGUCGAUGCGUAUAUCAAGUUAGAUCAAUCCAAACUCGAAAAGAGAGAUUCAAUUGAGGAUGACGGUGACUUCAAGUACAAUGGCUUCUAUGUUGAUGCAGCUUUUGGAACUCCGGCGCAGAAAGUGAAGCUCACAGUAGACUUCUCAAGUUCAGACGUCUAUACCAACCAAGGAAAAUGUGCUCGAAUGAACAAAAACCAGAAUGCGGAUGAAGUAUUCAUAGGCAAUACCACAUGUCCAUUUCUGAGCUACAAUUAUUCUUUAUCCAGCACUGCCAAUAGCACAUUUAUGUCCAAAGCGAAUUUUCAAACAGAGCUUCUGGAUGGGAGUUUAUUAAGUGAUGUAAUGCAAAUUGGUGACGUCAAACUUGAAGAUUUCUAUUUUGGUCUAGAGGAUGAGACCGGUGAAUAUUUUCCUCAAGGAGUACUUGGGUUAUCAACAUCCAAAUUCUAUUCAAUGGUUACUGCUCUGACAGAUUUGAAUUUACAAUGGGACUUUUUUAUGGAUAGACUAGUUAAAGACAAACAAAUUACUCGGGCAGCUGCGUCAGUCUAUUUUGGUGACGACAAUGGAGACGAUGGCAGUGUACUUCUUGGAGCAGUAGACCAUGCAAAGUACUCAGGUGAGCUCCAGUGGUUCUCCACAUAUGAUUAUCCCGGUAUUAUCAGUGUGACUGGUUUUGGUGACCAAGAUAGCAAUUUUUUUGGCAACCUUGACGUUCGCAUUGGGCCCUUCAUUAACGAAACUUGGGUCAAUCCAUACUCAGCUCCGCAGCUUGCAGAUAUGAUUCUUUAUCAUUUUGGUCUUGACGCGUCGUUGAGAUAUCCCUAUGUUGAUUGUUUAAUGAAGGAAUCCCCAGUGGAGAUCAGCUUCUACACAAACGAAGGAAAUUUGACAUGUCCCCUCCUGCAAUUGAUUUCUAAGGACGAACUGUCUGAAGAGUGCCGGCUUGAAGUGGUAGUUGAUACAUUUUCAUCUGAUGUCCAGCUUGGAUACAACUUUUUGAAACAUAUGUACAUUGUUGGAGAUAACUUGAAUAGCUCAGAUUCCAAAAUAGGAUUUGCACCCAAAGUGGUUAGUGACAAAUCUGAUAUCGACGAAAGCGGAGAUUGGGGCGAGCCCCAAUCAAAGUAUUCGAAGGGCUUCUUUGAUAGUUUUGAGACGCUUGAUAGCGACUAUCUGUUGACUUACAACUUUAACAGUCUUGACAACAUAGUCGAAACUGGCACAUUUGAGGAUUCAAUUACAGCCAGUGGCUCCACCACAUCUGGCUCAAAAACAAGUCAUGACUCUACACAGACUACUGCAGCCGAUACUUCAGCCAAUUCUUCCACUCAAGCAGGGCAAACAAGCACUCAUGAAAGUGGUGGUAGUGCAACUAGCACGGGUGGGACUAGCUCAUCUUCAUCUUCAGGAAUUGGAUCAGAUUCACAUGCUGUACACUGGCUUGGUAUGUUUGCUGGUGCCUUGAUGAUAUUUGUUUGA